AUGCUUCGUCGAUCAUUGGAUAAUGACACUGGAUUUUCUCACAAAAUAUCCGUUGUUACACGUACCGGAAUUCUCAACUAUUCUCAGUUUUUAAAUCAAGUUGGUUCAAAAAUGGAUGUGUUAUACAAAAAUAUUGAUGAACCCACUGUCAAAUUUAUCAGUUCCGAUAUUUAUAGUAAAACAUAUGACAAUGAAAGCAUAUUAAAGAUCCACGCCAACCAUUCAAGAAGUUCAUUGUCUUAUCAAGUUGAUUCUAAUCUUGAAUUUUUAAAAAGACAAAUCCCUCAGCUUGAUCACAAGAAGCAAUUGAAAAAAAAGGAUUUUUCAUUAGGUACAAAUGGGUCAAUUAUCAAAGUCGAAGCUUCACCAAUCAACCCAAAAAUUGAUUCUAGAUUUCAAACCAGCACCAACAGCACUAUAAUUAACUAUAACAUAAUGAAAUUAAAAGAUGACUUUAAAGAAUUUAAUGCCACAGAAGAACUGAAAAUUUUGGAAUUUUUAGAGUUACUAGGAGCUACUUACAAUUGUAGUCUUAUUCAAGGAGACAGCAUUAGGUACAGAUACAACAUUGAACAUGUCAAAUUGUUAUGUGAAAAAUUUGGUUUGAAGACUGUGUACCAUAAAGCAGAAAGAAAUAAUCAUUUGAAAGUAGUUCUGAGAAAGUUUAAAAAAUUUGUAGUCAAGUUUUUUGAUGUUGACGUUAGACUGUGUGUUGAGACAGUGCAAAUCAACGAAGUAUGGAAAUUACAAAAGAAGCUGCUUAAUCCUGAAAUUUAUCAAAUGCCGCUGAAUUAUUUGGAAGCAUUUUUAAAAGGGUGUUGCAAUAUAAAAAACUUGAAUGGUGCUAGAAUUAGCACUAGAUCCAAAGAGUAUCUUCUUAGCUUAGUUCAUUUGACAAUUAUUACUGGAUUUUCACCAAAGGUUAAAGUUUCAAAUGAAUCGUCUUCAACAGGAGUUAAUUUAAGAUAUUUCUUACAAAUUUUACUGGAACCAAAAUUAACAAACGUAAUGGUCUUAGGUGGUAUGACUCAAGAAAAAUUUUCGGGAGUAUUUUACAAUUUAGCACCAGAUGAAAACGCUAUCAACGAUCCAACAAAUGAUGGGUUUGAAUUAAUGGUUAUCAUCAACAUCGAAGAAAAUGAAGAAGGAGAUUUAAAACUGGUCUCUUACCCUUUGGUUGUCAGAUCCACCUUAAUGGAUUAUUAUGAAGAUGAAGAUGAAAACUUAGAGUUUGCUUGA